CGCUUAUCGAUGCAUGACGUAUAUUCGAAAUUUAUCUUUACAAUGCUAGUGUAUAUGUGUACAGUUACAUACAACUAGUCGAAAAUCGGUUCCCAAAACGCACAGAUCGACGAGGACUCCUGAACUCGAAAGCCUUUUGAAAACACCGCUAUCUCCGCCGACCUUGUCCAAAGAUAGUGACUGACUUCCAGUCACUCUAUUACCAAUUAUGAAGAUCAGUAGGCUCACAUCGUGUUGUAUGCUGGCAAGUGUCAAAACGGUCUCCUGACCGGAGCGAGUGCAUUACGACGGACCGAUUUGCAAGCACGAUUAUUCGCACUACUGACUCGUGGCGGAGUUUGGCAAAAGCGGCGCAGUACGAGUCCCCCACUACUCAUCACCAUUAUCUCCUACGGCCCGUAUCACACUCUGAACGCCUGUGAUCAGAUCGGUUCGAUUAGGUUUGAACGCAAAGAUGGUCAAAGUCGCAGUAGCAGGCGGCACUGGAAAUGUCGCAACCAACCUUCUCAAGGCCACAAUUGCUUCAGGAAGACAUGAAAUCACCAUCUUUACUCGCUCCGAUCCCGCUAAACUCUCCUCUCCUUCUCCCUUAGUCUCGUACAAAAAGGUCGACUACCACAAUCGCGAUAGCCUGACAGCGGCGCUCAAAGGCUUCGACGUCUGCCUCUCCUUCUUCGUCGUGCACCUGGACGUUAACUGCGAGGCCCAAAAGAACCUAAUCCACGCCUCUAUCGAUGCCGGCGUCCGCCGGUUCGCACCGAGCGAGUGGGGCAUCAAGAACAACUCGGGAUGUGCACCGUACGCGAACAAGGAUGAGAUUGCACGUUACCUGGCGCAGCUGAAAGAAGAGGGCAAGCUGGCACAACUCGAGUACUGUUUAUUUCAGCCGAGUAUCUUUAUGGACUACUUUGCGCAUCCAUAUCCGUUGAGCCCCGAGCUCAUCACGUGGCCUUUCUUCCUUGACUUUGAGAACCGCCGGGCUAUCGUGCUGGGGGAUGGAAGCUACCCCCUCGUUAUCACUGCAAUCGCAGAUGACUCUGAGAUUCUCUUACGCGCUCUGGAAGAUGAACGCCCUUGGCCGAAUGUCGGAGGUUUCCGCGGACACAGGACGACUAUCAACGAGUUGCUUGCGCUAGGCCAGAAGAUCAGGGGCGGGGAUUGGACCAUCGAGAACGUCCGCGUUGAGGAUAUCGAGAAGGGGGUGCUGAAGACGAACUGGGUGCCGCAACUUUCUCACCCUGUCAUUCCAGUAGAGGACAGGCCGGUGUUUAGUGAGCAGUUCGUUAUCAUGUUCCUCCAGGGUAUACUGAACGGGUCUUGGGAUGUCUCUGAUGAGUUCAACAAGCGAUAUCCAGACUACAAAUUCAUCAGUGGGGAAGAGUAUUUGACCAAGGCCUGGGAGGGAAAACCCUGAGAUCGAUAGCAGGAGAAAAUUAGUUUUCCACCCAAGUACGCUCUUUUGAAGAUAGAGUAUAUACAAGACAAAGGGUAUUUACAAGAAAGUUCUUCCCCUUCCAAUCCAGCCUUUAGGCUUAUCCGCACCCCCUCAUCCACCCAUUUACAUUCUAGCCAUCUACCUAGACUAGACAAAGUAACUCUU